CCCAGCUCCGGCCUCGGCGACCAUGGUGGGCACUUACUGCUGCGUCCCGGGCUGCUUCAACAACACACUCAAGAACAAGGAGCUCUCCUUCCACGUCUUCCCCAAAGAUGAAACGUUGCGAGGUGUCUGGAUCCGCAACCUGUCGCGCCUGGACGAGAGGAAAUUCAGUGUGUGGCAGCCCAAAGCCCAUCACAAAGUCUGCGACGCGCACUUCGCAGGAGGCAAGAAGACCUACAUGAACAAUGUGCCCAUAGUCUUCCCGGUGAAGGCCGAGAGAUCCCGCAGGAAGGAGCAGGCCAGCCAGCCCCCGCCGUCAGGUCGGCCUAUAAAUGGUGGGAACCACUUUAAUUAUCCCCAGAACGUCUUGGCAUUUCACAAGAAGGCAAAGCAAAAGUAUGGCCAGACGCAACACAAGGAUCUUCCAAAAAGAAUCAAAGUACCUUUUGCUGUUCCAACAGUUCAGAAGGAAGGAUCAGUUGUAGCAUCUUUAUCGUUGAAUCAUCAGGAGGGUGAAGAUGAAAAAGCACGUUUUGAAGCUGCACAGACUCUGCUGGAUAUCUUCAAAGUUAAUUCUGGCUGUGAGGAUGUUCAAAUGACCUCCGUGUGUGAGGCAUUGCAGCAAAUCAAUGAAAAGCUGAAUACCGAGAUUGCUGAUUUAAAAGAUGAACAUCGUUAUCUACAGGAAGAAUAUAAUCAAAUUAGUGGUGAAUUGAAGAGAUUUAAAGAAAGCGAACCCAAAUGUUGCACUCAGAUUCCACUUUAUUCUACACCUCCAUGGCUCCAGAUUAAAGCAUCUGGUGAAUGUAGUGAAGAGCAGCCCACUAUUUACCCAGACUGCUACACUGACUGGAGUAUAAAGACAAGGAUCCUCAUUACCUCACCUACUCCUAUAUCCUGGGCAAAAGUAUGUAGCAAUUUGUUACCAAAUGUGGGAUCCAUUAAUGGAACUGCAGUAAAACCUGAUAAAGUUCACAUUAAACAGGAACCUGAAGAUAGCCCAAAUAUAACGUGCACCUUCCAGCAGAGUAUGGGAUACUGGAUGUACCCAAGGCUGCCCUGGCUGCAUCUUUUUCCAAGAAUAGGAGUUAACAGUGUAUCAGUUGAUGAUGCUUUACAGUGGAAUCCAGAUUACAAGAUACAGAAUAUUCUAAUGAAAGACUGGUUGUCGACCUCAAGCUCACUGUUUGAACAACUUCAGUCUGGACAUUGUCCUUUCUUUUACAUCUGUACGUACCAAUUCACCGUGCUCUUCAGGACAGCUUGGGAAUCUAGGAAAGAAUCAAUUACUGCCUUGUUGUACCCAGCAAGUGUGGAAGUUUUGGAAGAAAUGAGAUUGUCAGAAGUUGUCUUUUCAACUUACUUAGUGGACCACUCUCAAGAGAAUGGUCACAUGAGCCUUUCCCCACAUGGAUUCGCCCAUUUUAAACCAGCUUUCAUAAAUAAGGAAGAAAGUGACAGUCAAGCUGGGACAGAUGCACAUUCUCUAUGGGUUAAAAAGACCUCUGUGGCAGAAUCUCAGGAAGAUUUCCAUCCAUCAAACUCAUCUGAAUGUUAUCUACAUAAUCACCAUCAGGAUAAGCAGUUUAAGUUUCUGGUUGUAGUUGAAGGGUCCUCUGCCGCUUCCUUGAUCACCUUUCUGAUGAACUCGCCACAUAUAGUUGCACAAGAGGGUGUACAGAGAGGACUGCCACCAACAUUGCUUUGCCCUGUAGCCUUCCCUGGAGCAUCCUUACAAUUGCUACAGGUUGCCAAUACAUGUGGAAAAGUCCAGGGCUGUCUUGGUUCUGUGGACUCUUACAGCUUGGAGAUCACAGGCCCCAUUCUUCCUCACUCCAUGGACUGUAUUAAUCGUAUUCUCCAGUGUAAUGAAUAUAGUGGAACAGUGACUGUUGUUAAUGUUCAUGAGUGUACCUCUGUCUUCAACGUUCAGCUACCUAGUUAGUUUGGCUUUUGACUAAUAUUAUGGACAGAGAUAUAAUUAACUAUGGCAUAAAGGAAACACACUGGAUGAACUGGCUGCAUCUAACAGAAGUUUAGUACAUUUUGUCAGUAUAUCCCAAGUUAUUCUUGCAAAGCUAAGAAAAUCACUGGAAAUGGACAAUAAACAAUAUAGUCAAACAGCAGUAUUGAUCUGACAGAUUUAUAUUGUUUUAUUGUCUUAUGAGCAUUUCCUUUACAGCAAAGAUUAUCCCAUUGCUUUAGUUACCAAGUACGUAUCCCAUUCACUAUACUCUAAAUAUUUUAUAAAGAUGAAGCAGACCAUCAGUUACCUUUCUCUAGAUGUGGUAUAAUGCAGAUCAAAAUUGUGAAUAUACAGUAUAUGCUUUUUAUAAUCUGGUUUGACUCUAGCAUUUCAAUAUACUAAGUUAUAUUUAUAUUAUGUAUUAAUCUUUGACUAAUAGGAAUGUUUGGAUAUAGGAGAUAAUGUCAUUACUUUGCAUUAAAUAUUUUGGGUAUAAGAGUUAUUUAUUUAAUGCUCCUAAUUAAAUGAUAUCUAGCUAUAAAUAAUCCUCAGUCUUGUGAAGGCCAUUCCUGGUUGGAAACACCUGACUUACAGACACCACCUGCACAAGAACAAAUUUUAAAUAUUAUAUUAUGAAGUCUUAUGUAUGUAUGUAUGUUCAUUCCUACAAAUAGCAGAACUAGUUUCCUCUCUCCACUUACUAAUUGUUCUUGUGCUUUUGAUGCCUUUCAUUACAAUACUUGAGGUAUAGUUGCAAUAAAGUAAUUUUUGUGUACUUUGAGUUAAACAAAAAAAUGACUUAUGGAUGUCUGUAAAAUCAGAGACAGCCUGCAAACAUAGUCCACAUCGAUUAACUAUUUAAUCCUUGAUAGUUAAAUAACCUGCAACCUGUAUCUUGCUGCCAGUGAAAUGUAUGAAGUGUAUUGUUUAACUAACCAGUUGCUUCAGACUGCCAGAAUUUGUAGUUGAACAUUAUCACAAAACCUUUACAAGUGAUUUUAAAUGUAUAUCCCACCUUCACUUAGCUUUGAAGGUGCCAGUGCAUGUUUUUUUUUAAAGAACAGAAACUUUAAUGUUCUGAACUAAGACACUAUAGUACAGUCAAGUGUAUAAGUUAGGUGAUGCAAUUCAUUAACAAAUUGUGGAAGAAAGGAAGAUGUGAGGAAAGCAAAUAAAA